AUGGACAGUGAAGGGGUUCUUUGUGAACUUUUCUCGAGGUUGCCGGCCAAAUCUGUUCUUCGAUUCAGAGCUGUUUCUAAAACUUGUUCGAGUUUUCCUUCAGAAAAUUUUUUCAUAAGGAAACACUCUGAGCAAGCGCUAUUCAUGGACAACCCUGGAUUCUUCAUCCAACAAGACUUUCGGUGGGGGAAGAUUGAGUUACACAGGUUACCACCACCCAAGAAGAAUAAGGAUGGUGAGAAAAAGAGUUUUGAUGACGACAACGACUAUGGUGUACCUAAUACCUCCCUCCGCUUCCUAUCCAACACAGCCAAGAUAUUGGGAUCUUACAAUGGCAUUCUUGUAUUGAAGAACACCAAUGAGGAACACAAUAAGGGAUUGUUCCUAUGUAACCCUGCAACUCAAAAGUGUUUCACCAUUCCAAACCCCACAACAACAAACAGCGAUAACCACUACUCUACUGUAGUACUACUGGGUAUUCACAUACUCUCUCAUCAUCAUGAUACCGUCGGCCGCGGCGCCACCAUUGAGGAGGAAUUCCCGGACAAUUAUCGAGUGAUCAUGGUAAAGCCUGAGGUAGAAGAUUGGUCAUCAAAUAGUAGCAUCUAUGUGUACACCAAAGGUCAGGAGGCAUGGGAGGAGAUGGACAAGUUCAAUACAGGUGCUAGAAAUAUUUUAUAUGAUGCGCCGCCAGUGUAUUGCAAAGGUGCAAUUCAUUUAAUCUCAGAUACAUUUCCUUACUUGACCAAGGCCAGCCCUGAUUAUAAACCCUACAUUGUCGCUUAUCACAUCCAUAACAGAACAUCAUGGCGCCUCAAAUUGCCUAAAGUAGCAUUAAGAAGGUCUCCGGAUCCAAGCUGUGAGAUGAGGAUCUUCAAAUGGGGAGGUGGCAACUCAUCAUCAUCAUCAUCUCUUUGCUUGAUCAGGUUGAGGAAGUCAGUUUUCAUGGGUUGGGUAUUAGAGGAUUACCAUGACAUGGGGUCAUCAUGGACAUUGGUUUUGAAAGCUAGGGUUGGAGCCAUGGCAUUAAUGGAGGAGGAACAAAACCCAGUAGAAGUUCGUGGGUUCACUGUCAUAAACGGAGACUCUCUUGUGUUUGCUACUCAGAAACGGAUUUAUCAUUAUAGAUUAACUCUAAGUAGUGGUGGUGGUGGGAGACCAACAAGACAGUUAUUAGUUGAAGGUGCAGAAGAGAUUUGUGGGCAUGGGCUCGGUGAGGAUGCAAGGUACCUGUGCUUGACUGGUUAUGCAAAUACUCUUCGACCUUGCGGGAGUGAAGAGCAUCCAUUAAUGCCGCCACUAAUUAAUAAAGGAGUAGAAGAAAGGGUUGUGGAUGAUGAGAAAUUAUCUCCAACAGUAUUAGUACUAUUAUACACAAAUCCGAAUCCAUGGAGAUUGUUCUUCUCAUUUCUUCUAUCACUCUUCUCUAUUGUUCUCCCUUUGUUAAUGUCUUGGGUCUUCGCUGAAAGACAAAGGUAG